AUAUGCCCUCAUCUUGCAAAGACAUCCGUNGCGGCGCUAGCCGAGUGCCUCCAACAAAGCGACUGUAUCAUGGUCCAACGCCACAGUGCCGCCGACUGCCUCCGCCCACCGCUCGUCGAUACACUCCCCACCCGCUGCCAGCAACUGAAGAAGGGAUAUGGAGAAUGCAAGCGUGGUCUGAUCGAUAUGCGCAAGAGAUUCCGCGGCAACAAGCCUGUCGCCUCAAGCGUCGAACUUGAGGCCGGCGCCGACAACCCGAGCAGACAGCUCUAUGCUGGAAAGAGCGCUUUUGGCGACAUCAAGACCACGGAUGGCAAGGAUGCGCCUGAGGACGACUCAUAG